AUGGACGGCCCCGACCUUUCGCGCAUCGAGUCGGCCGACUCCAAGAUGCAGACGCCCUCGACGAUGCGUAUGGGCGUGCCACGUAUCGACACGGAACCCAUGUUCACUGCCCUGAAGGCUGCUAUUGGUGAAUCAUGGCCAGAAUACAAGACGACCUUGUCUUCCUUCUUCUUGGGAAAACUCAACCAGGCCGAAUUGUCCCAAGUCACGGAUCGACUCCUCUCAUACGCUCCGAGCGUAUCAUACAACGGUGCACUCGUCUCGACAGUCCAUCUACACAACAAGAUCUUCGGUGCAAUACACUCCAACAUCUACCGCGAUCCUCCUCCAGAACCCGUCGCAUCAUGGGUACUCGCUACCGAUGCCCCGGCCUCGGCCAGUGCAAACAAGUCUGUCUCACAGGGCGGUGGUGACAAGGCCGAGGAAAGAUUAAAACGCGAAGUCAUGGCUCUAUCCGCUCGUGACAGAAGGAGGAUAAAGAGUGCAAAGGAUAACCUCGCUGCCGUACCACCAUCCGGCCCUCUGCACGAGAAUGCCACCUACGCGACUGCCCUCACAGUACCCAUCACUUCCUCCCAAAUACCAGACGCCAUACCCACCACAGCAACCUCUCUUAGCAAAACAAAUUGGGAUCUGGAGAUUCGAAGGCGAUAUGCCGUGCCCUUGGCCUCGGAGACGCUAGACUUCCCCUCACGAGCUGACAUUCAAGCCCGUAUUGAGCCCAUAUGCUACGAAGAAGGCGUGGGCUUGUCCGCUGUACCAAUGACAUCCGCCGCUCUGCAGGCCAUAGCAGAGCUUGUCGAAGUUGCCACCGAAACCUUCAUCAAAGAGAAACUCACGGCUUGGUUCUCGACCACACGUAGCAACGCCCCUGGAGACUUGGGUCCAAUCACUGCAAAGUUCCGAGCUCAGAUGCGCAGAGAGGAAGAAGCCAUAGAUCGAGGUCAGCUUGGCAGGAGUGCUGCAGGCUUCUUGCCUUGUGAGCAGGAGGCUUUGACACGAAGAGAACCACUCAGUCUGGAUGAAGUGCGCAUGUCACUACGCCUGGACGAUACCCGCCUUCGUCUCGACCCCUUCCUCGGCGAAGAAAUAAUGGGUGAUGUGGAGAUGGAAAUGGUCGAUACACCCAUGGCAUUAACGAAUGGCGACCAUCACGAACCCCUGGACACCAAAGAAGCAGACGGCGACGCCAUGAUGACUGAUGAUGAUGAUUUGGGCGGCUGGGAAGGCGCGACUGCUGCCGACAGAGACAAUCUGUUUAGCGUACUGGAUUCCGUACUCGCCCCAGGUGGACCCUCAUAG